AAUGCCGCUUUUGAACGCCUCUACAAGGAUAUUGAGGAGAAAGGCAGUGUUAAUCCACUGUUCCGGCUUGCUAAGGUGCGCGAGAGGAAGGCCCGAGAUCUAGACCACGUGAGAUGCGUGAAGGACAGCGAUGGUAGAGUGUUAGUUGAGACUGCCAAGGUGGCUAAACGCUGGGGGGAGUACUUUAGUGAACUCUUAAAUGCGGGAGGAGACCAGAGGCUAGUUCUUGAUGAGUUGGGACAUCCUGGGGCAUCUCGUGUGUACUGCCGGCGCAUUUGCUUGGAAGAGGUGGUUCGGGCUCUCCGCGUGAUGCGUAAUGGGAGAGGUGUGGGACCUGAUGAGAUUCCAGUGGAGUUUUGGAAGCAUGCGGGUCGUGAUGCGUGGGUUUGGUUAACCAAACUCUUCAAUGUUAUCCUCCGAACAGCAUGGAUGCCUGAUGAGUGGAGGGAGAGUCUCUUGGUCCCUCUGUUUAAAGGCAAAGGUGACAUUCAGAGCUGCGAGAAUUACAGAGGCAUCAAAUUGCUUAGCCACACCAUGAAGGUUUGGGAGCGAUUUAUUGAGUAUAGGGUGCGGAAAGAGGUUUGCAUUUCGGAGAACCAGUUUGGUUUCAUGUCUGGCAGAUCGACUACAGAGGCCAUUCAUCUCGUGAGGAGGUUAAUGGAAGAGUAUAGGGCUAGGAAGAAGGACCUUCAUAUGGUGUUUAUUGACCUUGAGAAGGCGUAUGAUAGGGUACCAAGGAGGUCGUAUGGAGAUUCCUUCUCGGUAGGGAUGGGGUUACACCAAGGGUCUGCUCUUAGCCCUUUUUUGUUCGCCUUGGUGAUGGACGUCCUAACUCAAGGUGUUCAAGACGGGGUCCCAUGGUGCAUGCUUUUCGCGGAUGAUAUUGUGCUUAUCGACGACACGCGUGAGGGACUAAACGAUAAGUUGGAAUUAUGGCACCUUGCCCUUGAGACUAAAGGAUUCAGAAUAAGUAGGAACAAGACUAAAUACAUGGAAUGUCGUUUCAGCGGCCGGGAUACAGAAUCAGAGGUGGAAGUCAAGAUUGACUCUCACCUAGUACCUAAGGUAGACAGGUUUCGUUAUCUUGGCUCGGUAAUUCAGGCGGAUGGGGAGUUAGAUGCGGAUGUUGGACAUCGGGUUGGAGUGGCUUGGGCCAAAUGGCGGUUAGCUUCAGGGGUGUUGUG